AUGCAGAAAAGACAAGGGUAUUGCAGCUACUGCCGUGUGCAGUACCCUAACCUGGAACAGCACUUGUUUAGUGCCCAACACAGAAGCCUGACCAGACAGAGCCGGCGUCGGACGACUGCCGAUAACAGUUUGAUGGAACGCUUCUUGCAGGAUGUUGUGCACCACCACCCAGACAACUACCAAGACAACAGCUCUGCACCAAAUGAGGCGGCGGCAGCAGCAGCAGCAGCAGCAGCAGCAGCAGCAGCAGCAGCAGCAGCGUCACCGGAAGUGAUUGUUUUGGAUGACUCAGAUGAAAAGGAGGACGACAGUGCAGAGAGCAACGGAGAGAUGCUCUCCGAGGAUUCCGAGUCUGUUGAAGAGAUAGAGUGUAGACCUGGCACUUCUCAGGAAUGUGCAGAGGUUGCAGUUCGACCAUCGGUUAUCCAAAGGCUGGAGCGGGGACAGCAGCAGUCCUUGGAGUUGGCUCAUAAAGUUGAGAGUGGUGUGAAAAAAGUUAAUGCAGUUGGUGUUGUUCAGGCUACAACUAGUGGAGAGUUAGUGCGUCCCCCAGUGAUUUGUAAUGCUCCUGCCAGCUCUUUGCCUAGAGGCUCUUUCGAGAGACCAGUUGCGGCUAACAGUGUUCCUCGGUUAGUACUGGCAGUGGCUUCAGAUUCCUUUCCAGCUUGUGACACAGAGAACCUUGACACAUACUUUGACCCCCCAGAUCAGGGCUCUAGCAAUUCACAGUCUCAACACAAAGCAAAAGAUCCAAAAAAGAAACCUUUAAAUAUUAAUUUAGACAAAUUGCUUGCACAGAGAGAUCUCAGAGCUAAGGGUGCAUCUUUUUCCCCUGUUGUACGAGUGCGGGAGCUAACAGGCGCUGAGCUUUGUUCUCUAAGAGUUGAGUCUUCUGAGUCAGGGGCAGGCACAGCAGGAAGCCUCAGUGAGAUUGACACACCCUCAGAUGCAGCCCGUGAAGGUGCCGUUCCAAAGCGUCGUGAGGCAUCUCCUUCAAAUGCAGUUCAUCCACAAGAAGAAACAAACUUGGUUCUUAACAGGCCAGCACUUCGUGACUCUCUUCAGCCAGUACCUGGUCAUUCCCAAGCUGCCGUAAAUGACUUAAGUCAGUUGGAGGAAGAGGAGAAGGAGGAGGAGGAAGAGGAGGAGGAGGAGGAGGAAGAGGAGGAGGUUGAGGUUGAGGUUGAGGUUGACCUAGAGUAUGAGAGCUAUGAAUCUGCAGGCUCUGACAUGAGUUUUGAUUGUGCGUCCUCCUGCCAGUCACCGAGUCCGCUGUCUGAACUGAGCGCUAUAGAAAUAAACGCAUCAGAAGAAGCACAGGCUGAUGUCCAGCCUAGCAAUGAAACACCUCCUGUUUCUGGAGCAACUUCCGCUAAUGGCAGCCAUUCCCGUCAGGGGCAUAUCAGCUGUUCUCAAGUGAUCACACAGAACACACAGCUCGUUAGUUUGGUUGACGAAAGCUAUGAGUCUAGUGGCUCUGAAGUGAAUUUUGAUGGUGAGGACUCACUUCCGUCCACCAGUCAUGGUCCCCCACUGCUGGCGGCAGCAAACCUGCCUACACAGAUGGCUGUCCGCUUGGUUGACAGCUAUGGAAGCGGCAGCUCUGAGCGAUGGGAGGAUUCUGGGUCCUCAGCUGAUGAGAUCCUAGCAGCAGCGGGACAACAACAACCUCUGAAGAACCUGGUUGAUGAGAAGUACGGGUCAAGUAGCUUCAGUUCUGAUAGUGAUGCAGCUCCACAAAUGCCUGCUCAAGAAAGAAGCCCAAGAGACAGAGAUGUCCAACAGGAAAAUGAACACCAACCCCGCAGUGCUGAUGCACAUCCUGGACAUGAUGAACCCCAGAGAGAAGCAGAAGAACUAAAUGUUCCGAACCAGAAUACCAGCCGUGGGGAUAUGAACUGUGAGUCUCAUGGUCCUGAAAUGGGUUUUCAUGCUGAUGCUCAAUUAGAGGCUGAUCAAUCUCCAGUAAACCCUGAGGAAAUAGAUCUUGACGUAGAUAAUCAGAGUGUUCACUCUGGCAUUUCUAAUCUAAGUUUUGAUUCCCAUGCUUCUUAUCAGUCAGCUAAUGAUGAACCUCAAGGGGCUUGGGAUGAAGUAAAUCUUGAUGAGUUAAACGCUGACAUGGAAGCUAAGAGCUAUGCCUACUCCAGUUCUGAGUUGACAUUUGAUUCCGAUUCCCCUCUUCUGUCAGUUACUGAGCAGUCUCUGCUGGAUAUUGAAGGACUGAACGAAGAUGACUUUAGCCUGGAAGAAGAAAGCUGUUUGUCAAGUAGCUCUGACAUAACCUUUGACUCUGAUAUUCCCGGUGACUCAGUAGCUGACCAACUUCAAGUAGCUGUUUAUGAGGAGGAACCUGUUGAUCUGGAAAAUAAGAUUAAUGAAUCUUGUGUUUCUGAAAUAACGUAUGGUUCUGAUAUUCCUCUUCAUUCAGGAAGUGAUCACCCUGAAGUACCUGCUAAAGAAGUAACCAUUCAGAAAGAAGAAAGCGCUCACUUAGAAGGGGAGGACGACAACCCCAGUGGGUCUGAGAUAUGUUUGGAUUCUAAUACUCAUUCUGAAGUAGCUGUUAAAAAGAUAAAUUCCCCUAAAGAAGAGCAGGUACACAUAGAACAAAAGGAAAAUGAACCUACCAAUUCUGAAUUAAGUUUGAAUCGCAAUACUCUUAACUCAAAGCCUGGACAUUCUGAAGAUCCCAUUGUAGUUCGUGUCUCUGAAACAGGACUUGAUUCUGACCCCUCUCAGUCAGUCAUUCGCAAAUAUGAAGUAAUUGUCAAAAACGUAUGCCCUCAGCAGGAAGAGCAUGCUCAACCGCCAAGCAAAAGUGCAGAACCUCAUUCUGAAAUCAGUUCAGCUUCUUCUGCUUCUCAUCCAGUGACAGAACCUUACGUAGGGAAGAAAGCAAAGAGAAAGACGAAGCAUCUUGAGGAGGUCAGGAGUGACGAUGAGUACGGCGACUUUGAACCAGCGUCUAACUCUGCUGGCUUUCCUCAGCCAGGGCCUGGGAAGCCUCAGCCAGCCUCUUUGAAAGGGGACCGUGUUGACCCAAACGAUGAAAGUACUGAGCUUAGAGGAACUGGAGCAAAUCUGAAUGAUACUGAUUGUCUUGAUUCAGUCAUUAGCCAACCUCAGCUAGCUGUGAAUGAAAACCAUGUUGAACUGGAAGACACAAACAGCAAACCCAGUGAUUCUCAAGCAGAUGUUGAUUCUGCUGACCACCUUCACUCACUGCCAAAAGAGGAUGACGUGAUCACAAAGAUGAGCGAGUGGAAGGAAGAGGCAAAGGUCCUCGAAAAGAAGAUCAGUGAACUUAUUUAUUCAAAACUAAUACAUGACUCUACCGUUUCUUUUCCUUCUGCAAUGGAUCAACUUGAACUAGCUCUUAAACAAAUAAAUCUUGAUAGUAAUGAUCAAAUGUCCUUGGAAAACAACAGCCAGGAUGCCAGUUCUGAAACAAAUUUGGAUUCUGAUGUCUCCGUUCAGUCAGCAGCUGAACCACCUGAAACUGUUUUCGAGCCUGAAGACACUGAACUUGAAGGUGGGAAUCAUGAGUCUUGUGAUUCUGAAGUAAGUUGCGAUCCUAAUGACUCUGUCCAGCCAGAGGCUGAUCAGCACAGUGACAGCGAUGAGGACAGAGGGCAGACGGAGAAAAAUGACCUGGAAGGAGAGGAGGAUGAAGUGCAGGGUUUUGGAGUCACAAGUCUUUCCAAUGUCCCUCAGCCAUUUGCUGGGCAAACUGAAGUUGAAGUAGUUCAGGACAUGAGCUGCUGGGAAGAUUGUGGUGAUUUGGAAGAUAAGGCUGUUGAAUCUAGUGACUCAAAAAUAGACUUUCAUUCUAAUGAACCGCUUCAGUCCGUGCGUAAUACAGUUCACGAGCCUGUUCAAGGAAUAAAUUUACUGAGAGGACAUAUUAGUCCGCAUGAUAGUGACUGUGAGCCCUGCAUCUCUGCAAUAGUGCCUAUUUCAAACGUCAUUUUUUGCUCAGUAAUUCAGAAGCCACGGCAUUUGCCUGAAACGAGUGUUGAUCCCCGUGAUGGUCCUGAAACGGGUGCUGAUUCCAGUGAUCCUUGUCAGUCAGUAGCAGGCCAUCUUCAAGAACCUGUCAAGGAAAUGAAUCUGAAGGAAGACCGUAUUUACCUGGAAGACAAAAGCUACAAGCUAGUUGAUUUUGAACCAGCUUACUAUCCUGAUGCUCCUGUUCAGUGUGUGACAGCUCCAUCUGUGGACAAUGUGUCUGUCAAAGAAGCAAACUUGCAAGAAGAGAAUGAGAAUGAUGUAGCAAGUGCAGCCUUUCAGCCAUGCUGUUCCGAAGUAGUGUGCGGUUCCGGUUCCCACCUGCAGUCAGAAGUUGACCCACCUGCAGUGUCUUGCGGAGAAGCAGACCCCGAGAAGGAGGAGCUUGGCACAGAAGCCACCAACGAGCCUUGCGAGCCUGCAGUGCUGUACGACUCUGACGUGUCUUUUCAGAUAGUACUUAACCAGCCUCAAACGUCCGAUGGAGAAACAGAAUCCCCACAGGUGCUGCUUUUGAACGUUGUGUCCAGUGACAGUGAUUGUGAUCGGGAAGUCAUUUCUGAUUCAAAUAUUUCUCUUCAGUUCGAAGCCAGUGAUACAAAUACAGAUUCUGCUGGGCCCGCAACAAUGGGAACAUCCUACUGUAGAUUCUGUGGUUGCGAUGAUGAAGCCUCUCAGUCAGUGACAAAUCAAUCCAAGGAAAGUUUCAGAAUAAUAAAUCGGAAGAACGACUAUAUUAUUCUGGGAGAUCUUGCUUGUUCGUCUUGUGGUCGUGAACUCUGUUUCACUGUUGAUCCCUCUGAUCAGCCCUCGACCAGCCAGGUACCAGGGCCUGACCGUGACUGUGCAGCCGCAGAGGAGCAGAGCUCUGACCCUCACUGUUCUCGGUCCGGUCUGGAAGACACUACUCGGCCAGUGACUCGCCAACCGCAGAAAACUGCCCAAGGCACCAGUUUUUGGAACGUUCCAGGAAACGUUGCCUUUCAAGACGGGAGCUGCGCAUCAUCAAGUAGACUUGCAGCUCAGCGCUCUGCCUUUGCUGUGUCGGUGAUCCGCCAGACCUCUGUGAAGCACAUCCCUUUGAAGAUACCAGAUGCAGAUCCAGAACCCGAGAGUCGUCAGGUUGCUGCACCUGAACCGGACCCUGACCAACCUCAGCCUGCUAAGAAAAGCCGCGACCUUAAGAAGGUAACUUUUGACAUGAGAGUAACCAAGUACGAAUAUCUACCAUUUCCUGUAUACCCGGGAGAAUAUGUGGAAGAAUAUGUGGAAGAGUAUGCACAACGGUAUGCAGAGGGGUAUGCACAAGAGUAUGCACAACGGUAUGCAGAAGGGUAUGCACAAGAAUAUGCAGAGGGGUAUGCACAAGAGUAUGCACAAAGGUAUGCACAAGAGUAUGCACAACGGUAUGCACAAGAGUAUGCACAAGGGUAUGCACAAGCGUAUGCACAAGGGAAUGCACAAAGGUAUGCACAAGAGUAUGCAGAACGGUAUGCACAAGAGUAUGCCCAAGAAAAUGCACAACAGUAUGCACAGGGGUAUGCACAAGAGUGUGCAGAGCGGUAUGCACAAGAGUAUGCACAAGGGAAUGCACAGGCGUAUGCACAAGAGUAUGCAGAACGGUAUGCACAAGAGUAUGCAGAAGGGAAUGCACAGGCAUAUGCACAAGGGUAUGCAGAACAGUAUGCACAAGAGUACGUACAAGAGUAUGCACAGCGGUACGCACAGGAGUAUGUACAGCGGUACGCACAAGAGUAUGCACAGUGGUACGCACAAGAGUAUGCACAAGAGUAUGCACAAGGGAAUGCACAAGAGUAUGCACGAGAAUAUGCACAGCGGUAUGCACGAGAGUAUGCACAAGGGAAUGCACAAGAGUAUGCACAAGGACAUGCACAAGACUAUGCACAAGGGAAUGCACAAGAGUAUGCAGAAGAGUAUGCACAAGACUAUGCACAAGGGAAUGCGCAAGAAUAUGCAGAAGAGUAUGCACAAGAGUAUGCACAAAGGAAUGCACAAGAGUAUGCAGGAGAGUAUGCACAAGGACAUGCCCAAGAGUAUGCACAAGGGAACGCACAAGAGUAUGCAGAAGAGUAUGCACAAGGACAUGCCCAAGAGUAUGCCCAAGAGUAUGCACAAGAGUAUGCCCAAGAGUAUGCACAAGAGUAUGCACAAGGACAUGCACAAGAGUAUGCAGAAGGGUAUGCAGAAGGGUAUGCACAAGGGUAUGCUCAAGGGUAUGCACAAGAGUAUGCAGAAGAGCAUGCAGAAGGGGAUCCUAAUGAACUGGUUCAUGAAGCCUCACCUCAAGUCCCUCCGCCAUUUGUUGAAGAAACUCAGCCUCAGGUGAGCGAAGAUGAGGUGAAAACAAACACACAGGAAUUUCAAGGUCACCUCUAUGGUUAUUAUGAUGGUUGCCCUGAGACCGAGGAAGAAAAGGGUGGCUCCUCCGACGCUAACCGGAGCAGCACCUCAGUUCAUGCUCCGCCACAUCUUGAAUACAGUGAAGGUAAAGUUGGAGACAGCAGUGACUGCUCAGCCGCGGAAGACAAACCAUCUUGUUCCCUCGCAGAGGGUGGCCGUCAGCAGCACGGGCAUGUGGCUUCUCAGAACCAGGUAGAAGGAGUCAGAUCUGGAACUCAGGCGAGUCCUGGGAAGAAAAGGAAGAUGGCAGGACAAGAGGGAGAGUUACCAAGAAAGAAGCAUUUCCACCAUUACAGCCAGAAAAAGAAGAAAGCCCCGACCUGGCGCAGUGAGUCUCCUGCAGCCCCGGCGGGAGCUGCUGAGCCUGUGCAGCCCGAUUCCUUAGUCUCUAUUUUUUCCUCUCUGAGUAUGAAGGAAGAUCAGUCCUUGAGCCGCCCUAAGGCGAAACCUGGCAGCGACAGGGACUCACAAGUCGCUCCUAGCCGACCACAUAAGAAAACCGUGAUUAAUCCUCCACAGAACCCAACGGAACCAGACGCUGACAAAGACGAGAAGGCUGGCGGGGACCCUGGGAAGAGUGACCCCAGGUCCGGCGCAGCGGAGAGCGGUGCCAGCAGGCCGAGCGCGGCUUCAGCGUCCAUUAUGGCGCCCAAGAAGAGAACUAUUUUAAGGUUCCUUGAGGCCAGCCAGUCUUCGUCUGCAGAAAAGCCAGCUGUGAGUGCUGCCGAAAUUCCGAAGGGUAAUUCCCAGCAGACUCGUUUGAAUCGUGACAGUGCCAAAAUGUUGCUCAAAUCAAUCAAAAAGGAGCUUUUGGAAAGUAAAAAUCAAAGGAAAUUUUGGAAAAAGAAGAUGGCAGCUACACAUCUCAAAAUGUGUUUACUCAAAAAUGCUUACAAAACCCUGGUUCUCCGGAAAAAAUCAAGACGAGCUUCAGAAAAACUGGGUAUUUGGAUUCAGCUGAAAGCAACCGAUAUCUUUAGGAAGUACAUUUCCAGAUGCCCUGGUGUGCGCCGGAAGCGGCAGUCAAAGACCGUUCUUAUUCGAAAGCAGCUGAGGAAGAAGAAGAUAGUCGCCAGGAAGAUAAAGGAGGCCAAGAAGGCGGCCGAAGAAGCGCGCUCCCGGUUGAGCCUCUCCAUUAGCCCGGCCAUUGCUGAAGAGCCCCAGCCGAGCGCCACUGCAGGGCCCGCGGAGCUGCCUGCCAGAAGAAAGCGCUACCGGAAAAAAUACUACCGCAGAAAGAAGAAACUUCUUCCUGUGAGAGAGUACGACCUGAGAAGCUCCAGUUCCACCUCGAAUGCCGACAGGAUGGUGACGCGGCUUGCAAGCAAAUCGAGAAGCAGUGAGGCCAAGUGAAAGCGCGCAUGCUCAUAACAGAGCGAGAUCACCCUUCACUGGAUGGAAUACACAUUUGGACUACUGACCUUACACUAUUUUGCUACAGAUAUUAUUUUUCAGAGAUUUUAUAUUAUUUAAAAUUAGUGUUUAGGGUCCUUUUUUUUCUUUUAAAGAUUUAAAAGCAAACUUUGUCCCGUUUCUGUAGAACUUCACCUUAAUUUGUCUUAUAAUUUAGCAUAGUAGAUAGAAUUUUGUCCCUUAACUCAUGUCCAUAUUCAUUUCCUCUGAAAACCUUUCGUGCCAAAAAGUUACAACACUGCAAGAAUGAACACAGCAAACUUAUCAAUGCCACCUUUAAACAAAUGGACGGAUAUUUAAACAAAUGGACGGAUAUCUACGUAGUCACCAUGCUUCCAAGCUGAAUCUUCACAUAAGUAUUCGGACUGGGUAAAUAAAACAAGUGACCUUGUGCUUUCUCAAGUUUUGAAUGUGAUUGACUUGAGUGAUCACAAAAAUGCAAUUUUCUUUUAAAGGCAUUCCAUGAAAUAAUUAUUUCAUCCAGUUUUUUAAGUGCCUGGUGAUUUUUAUAGACAACAGGAAUUCUUUUUCCUUCAUUUACAUUGGAUCUGCAAGUCUGUAGCUUUCCUCAGUUAGAUACACACCUACAGAUCUGCUUAGUAGCAUGAUUAAUCUUAUAUGGAAAAAAUUUUACCAAAGUGAUUAGACUUUUAAACCACCUUUUCCCCUUUACUAGUAAUCUAAAAUGAAAAUCUAGGUAAUUUUUGUCAUCUUAUUUAUUAAUAUUUCAGACAUUUUAACAUAUUGAACUGAAGUUACUGAUUUGAUAAUAGUGUGUGGACUGGCCAUUAAUUGUCAUUAGUGAAAAACUUUAACAUUUCAGAAAACUUAAACUAGUAACUUAAUUGGAGACCCAUUUUACAAGUGAAAAAUGAUUUCUACAUCAAUCAGCUUAUCUUAAACUAUCUAGUUAUCUUAAAUUAGAUAGCUCAAGGUUAAACAAUUUGACAUUUUUUCUUAAACAGUUCAGAUAAAAGAUGCUUUCGCACAGUGCGAGCCUCUGGUACUUGAGAAUAUUCCUUUAAGGGACAUUGACUGAGCUGGUGCAGAUGCACCCUAUUGUCUUGUUCAGUCAAGACCUUGAUCUUUCUCUGUCAUUGAUGUUACAAGGAAACACAAAGUUUCCCUUUAUUGUGUAACUACUAUACUUAAUUGAAACUAGAGUCAGUGUUAAACUGUAUCUUGAUUUCAAAGAUAGAACUGUGUUACCUUAGAAUUAGUGAACUAUCAAUGUGAUUUUGUUUCAGGGGCCAUUAUUUAACCUGUGAGUUGUUAAUGGUGAUAACUAUUGUCAUAGCUUUACUUCUAAAUAUAAAUGGUAAUUAUAUUGCAGAGUGGACAAAUGUGUUUUUUUUUAGUUGGCAAGUAACGUGUUUAAUUUCUUCAACCUUGCCUCCUUAAAUACAAACAUUUUAAUUCCCUUUCUUAAAAACAGUCUCAGUGAACCGCUAGUUUUUUUUUAAACCAAUCAUCAAAUUUGAAUUUAGGAAGAAAACUGUUUCACUGAUUAUAAAGUACUCAUGUAAAAGCACUUUGUUUGCAGGUAUUAAUUCUUUUGUAGUUCCCAGACACCCAUUACUAAACACUCUUGCAGUGUAAAUGUGAGAGUUCAUACCAAUAGCCUACCACAUAAUUGUGCCAGAUCACGCCUACUGUGAUUGUGCUCUGCAGUGAGGAUCAUUCUUAAAAUUCAAACAGUCAAAAUUUAGAGUUCAAAACUGUUAGAGUUUUCUUCAUCAAACUGGAAACCCUUUUAAGGGAGAGCAAAGAAAAGAUUCCUAUGUAGAAUUCCCAUCACCCAAAUAUAAAAUGUCUACUACAGAAAUGAUGGCUUUCUUUAGCACUUCACAAGUGUUUAUUAAGUUCUUAGAAGGAACUUAUUUAGGCCAGCUUGGAAACUUGAAAUUAUAAAACUUGUUAAAUUGGAAGUGGAUUUUUCAGAGUUCGAUAGGUUGCAAGAUGUGCCCCUUUAUCUACACAGAUGUUAAUAAUUUUCAGGCUAGGUUGAAACAAUUGGUUAUUUUGUGUAGUCUUUUAAUAGUAGUACAUCAAGUUACAACCAUAAAUGAAUAUUUUGUUAUCUUGUUCUUUUCCGUGUUGUGAAUGGCUUUGUACUGUAGUUGUCCCGGUGUGUGCAGUGUGUGGACCGUGUUGUGUAAAGUGUGGUUUUGCAUUUGUGCACUGAAAUUAUUUAUGUGAUUAGGACUUUGCGUAACCCCCCCUUUUUUUUUUGCUUAAAGAAAGGCUAUAUUUAAAUAUUCAGAUAAUUAUAUAUUUCGAUGUAAAACUAACGUGAAGACUGAUGUAUUUUUUAUAAUGCAGUUUAAAGUGUAAGCUUCUUUUAAUGUUAUCAAGAUAAAUUUAUUAAAUAUUGAAAUUUGUGUUCACUCUCUUCUCAUGUUAGAAUCUUUUCCUGGAAGUAUUUAAAAAGAAUCACAGAGUAACCAAGUCUGAAAUAACUCUGUAAAAGGCCUGAGAGAUGAUAAAUACGAGAGUGCAAAUGUUGAUGCUGGCGAGAAAAUAGUCUAACCAAAGACGCACAGGUUGUGCUCAAAUCAGUAGUUAUUUCAAAAGAUUAAACAAGCACUAAUUUGCCUGGUGAAGGGACGGGACAGCUGAGUUUCACUUGCGACGCUGUACUGAAAGGGAAGGAGGACCCCACACCUUCUGUCUGCCCCGCCCUGUCUGGUAGCGCCAUGGCAGAGGACAGUGUCAAUGGCUGACGUGGGACAACAGGGGGAUAGCUGGGUUGACCCUAGGAUUACUGAGUUACAGAACUAGGUGUUAGAAUGAGAAUUAUCUUACUUAGUGAGAAAUCACUUUUUAGUAAAGGACCUUUAUGUUUAGAAUCAUGAAUUACAGAAUUAUACACCAGAAUGUCAGCUUGAGGAAAUGGAAGGUAAGAAGAGUUAACGUUUCCUCAUCUCUUAUUCGAAGGAAUUCAGAUAUUAAGCAGGGAAAGGAUAGUUUAAAACAUUUCCCUUUGUCCUUAUACUUUAUAUGUGUAGAGUUCUAAGUAUUUUAUUUGCUUUGAAUAAGGAUCAGGUUCAGGAUGAAGUAGUUUGUUUCUGGGUUUUUACAUUAUUUCUAGGUUUGUUUGUUUAUUUUAACAAUCUUUAAGCCCAGAAAGCAAUUUAUUUACCAGAUUUGUUACUCCCAAAUUUAGUGUAUGUACAUAUUGAGCCCUUGGUGAGCACAACACAUUUCCCUGGGCUUUAGCUACAUCACGGCCCUUGGUCUUUGUGUUUGGGAGUGUUGCUGGAGUCUGUAGCGGUUACUAUGAAGUGAGGAAGUCGAGGCAUAGAGUAGUUAACCCCACUCCUCGGCCAUCUCUCGUCUAGUUUCUCCUUUGUUUUUUUUUCCCUCUGCAUAGUUCAUAGAAAUGGUACCUUUAUGUUAAUCUUUAUGUUGGUUUCUGUUUUGUUGUUGUUGUUUUUGUUUUGGUUUGAUUUUUUGCCUUGUUUUGUUUAUCACGAUUAGGUAUUUUUUGUGUGUGUUUGUUUGGUUUUGAGAGUUUCCUUUGUUAUAACAUGCUGAAUAUUUUGGGUUUUUAAAAUUACUUUUUAGCAGUUGGUUUUAAAUUUACUUAAAUUUUUAUUUUUUUUUUAUUUAUGCCUCUGAGAGUUUGAACCCAGGGCCUUGUGUGAGUGAAUCAAGCACUCUGCCCUCUGUACCUCCCGGCUCUCAGAUAGGUUUUAACGACAGCACUGGCAGAGUCUGUCUCCUGACAGCAGACGAGAGAGCCAGCAGGUGAGGCUAGCUUUGGUCCCUUCAUGGCUCUUAUUUAUUUUCUGAUUACUCCUCAAGUUCAAGACUGGCCAGCACAGUUGCCGUUGGGGGUGUUUGUGUGGCUCACGGAGUGUUGAAUGCCCCCUCCAUCCCUGCUCUCCCUGCCCGUCAUGACAUUCUUCCCUGUGCUCAGUUUUCAGCUUGAGCAUCAACCUCCUCGUGCUCUGAGCCCUUUCAUGAAGGCUUGCUUACAGGUAGCUGAAAUCUGAGAAGGAGAGCUACCAAAUUGCUGGUUUUAAUCCAGAUGUGCCACAGAGCCAGGAUGUGUGGCGGCAGCUUCCUGGUUAAGUUGUUCUGCAUAUUUAGAUACCGGCAAAAGCGGGAAGUCAACAUUGACCUCAUUUAUCAUCUCUGCAGACCUUAUUAAAAGAUAAAUUGAAAAUUAUCUCAAAAUGUGCUUUGUAGGCCCUGGAUUUGACCCACGAUUAUGGACUUUGUGGGUGCUUUGUUGGUUUCCUUGGUGUGGGGCAGCUUCUCGCCUGUCUGGACUUGGCAGCAUGGCAUUUGAAGGUGCUGGUUUAUUUGUGGAAUAUCCUUGAGUUUGAGCUUGUCUGAUUUUUUUUUUGUACCCUACGCAUUUUUGGAAUUCUGUGUUCUUCUCAGUGUAUAUUAACUGAAGCCAUGUGAUGUAAGUUUGAA